AUGGCGUCGCUGCCUGGCGCUGAGGCCAAGAUGGCGGAACGGAGGCAGUCGGUGGUACGGGACGGUUUGCGGGUUUUCAUCCUUUGCCUCUGUUGGUACACCGUCAGUUCGGGCGGCAAUGUCAUCAACAAAGUCAUCCUCAACCGGUUCCCGUACCCAGUUACCGUUUCCUUCUUCCACAUUCUCUCCAUCUGCCUCUUCAUGCCGCCGUUGCUCCGCGCCUGGAAUGUCGCCCCGGUCGGGGAGCUGCCGCCGCGCUACUUCAGCCGCCUCCUGCUGCCGCUUGCCUUCGGCAAAUACUUCGCCUCGGUGUCUGCCCACAUCAGCAUCUGGAAAGUGCCCGUCUCCUACGCGCACACAGUCAAGGCCACCAUGCCUAUUUGGGUGGUUCUUCUGUCCCGUCUCAUCAUGAAAGAGAAGCAAACUACAAAGGUCUACAUAUCAUUGAUUCCUAUAAUAUCCGGAGUCUUCUUAGCAACAGUGACUGAACUUUCCUUUGAUGUCUGGGGACUCAUUAGUGCACUUGCUGCCACUCUCUGCUUCUCUCUUCAGAACAUCUUCUCGAAGAAGGUGCUGAGGGAUACACGGAUGCAUCACCUUCGACUCCUGUAUAUCCUCGGAUGUUAUGCUGUCGUUUUUAUGGUUCCAACUUGGGUCCUUGUCGAUGUCUCUGCAUUUUUUGUAAACAGCUCAGUAACUGAUGUCUCCCACUGGUACUGGACCCUCAUAUUGCUUAUCAUCAGUGGCUUCUGUAAUUUUGCUCAAAACAUGGUUGCCUUUAGUAUUCUGAACCUCAUCAGCCCACUCAGCUACUCUGUGGCCAAUGCCACGAAGAGGAUCAUGGUGAUUUCAGUAUCGCUAAUCAUGCUGCAGAACCCAGUCACUUCCACCAAUGUCAUAGGGAUGAUGACUGCCAUCGUUGGGGUUUUCGCCUAUAACAAGGCUAAAUAUGAUGCCAACCAAGAAGCCAAGAGAAAGUUGCUCCCAGUCACCUCUGGGGAUCUUGUGUCUCUUGAUCGGCAUGAAGAACUGUCUGUUGAUCAGAAGGGACAAAUGAAUGGGACUGUGCUGUAUUCUCAAUACACGGACUACCAGUAUGGACGGAAUGGCCUGCUGGCUGAACAGUUGCAGUACAACCGGCAAAGUGCCCUUGGAACCACUCAUGUUUCCAACCGCUUUGAUGUCUAAACAUGUCUUAACUUCACCCUUAACUUAUUCUACAUACAAUCAGGAACUCCUGGUUAGCCCAUAGAUUUUAGAAAGAGGUCUCGGUCUGAGGCCCUACUUUUUUUAUUUUAUGGUAAUGAAGAGAACACUGUAACUCAGACUUUGAUGAAGGUACAUUUUGCACCUUGUCUGUUGUUUUGUGCAUGUGAGGCGUUCAUUCUGCCUCGAAAUUGUUGGAGUGGGGGGGAGAGCGUGUGAGAUGUUUACUUCAGAUAAGCAUUAUUGUGGUUAAGUUAUAAACUACCUGCACAAGAACAUCUUAGAGAAAUACGAUAAAGAUAUUAAAAUCAUUAAAAGACCCAAGUAGCCCAAUAUUAAACACCUCCCCCCGCAGCCCCCCCCCACCCCGCAACCACCACCCAAAACCUCGUCAGAAGGUCUACUGUUGCAGUUCCUCCAUUUUUACAGGUGAUGAUUUGUUAAUGAUCUGUUUAGGCAGAUAGGUACUUAUUUGUCUGUGAUUCAUGAAUUAGGGAGUAUUGAUCAAAUGAAUCCAAUAAUUGCUACACUGUAAUGUAAAUAUAAUGUAUCCAUGAGUUUUCCAUUGGGAGGAGGGAAAUCCCAUUACCUUGAAGUUGAGAUGUUCCUGUACGACCUGUAUAUCCCCUUAGUACCCCAGCUUGUCUGUUAACCAUAUAUUCCCAGGUCAGUCCAGAUUUAAUCCAAAUUUUUAAAAAAACUGGUGUGUACAGCAGAGGUAGACUCCAUUAUGAUUACACUAAGUUUAAAUAAUUCAAUUUAGCAUAGCAACUAAAGUUUCUGUGAGCAACCAAUAUUAACAAUCUGAUAUGGUGACCAAACUGCUGAUUGCACUUUGUCUGUCUUGUGUCCCCACACAGUUACGUUUAAUUGAAUUGGAACAAAUUUGAUUCAGACUGGCUCAGUGGUUAGCACUCUUAACUCUAAAGGUUGUGGAUUUAGGCCCAACUCCAGAGAUCUGACCACAGAAUCUGAGCUGACACUUUGAUGCAGUACUGAAGGAGCUCUGUGACGUCAAAGGUAUUAAUUUUUCAAAUAAGACAUUAAGCGAAAGCCCUGCAAUUUUAUUUGAUGUAAAAGAUCCCAUGGCACUAUUCAAGACACUAUCUUAACCAACUUUUAUCCCUCAACAAUAUCACCAGAAACUGAUAAUCAAGGCAUUAUCUCAUUUGCUGUUUGCAUACAGCACAGUCUGUCAAAUGAUUUGAUACAUUUCCUACAGUACAACAUUCAUUACACUUUGUAAUAAAUUGGCUGUAAAGGACUCAGGACUUGCUAUGAUGGUGAAAAGCACUGGAUAAAUGUAGAUUUUUCAGUUUUUUUUCUUUUUAAUCAGUCCGAUGAGUAUUGCAAUAUUUCAGGUCCAUAAUGGUAAGGAGAUUUCAGCAUGCAGAGUUAGCGCAAAUCCACAAUGUAAUAAAAAAUGGAAUGAUGUGCAAGUUCAGGGUGGGAACAAAUGUAAGCACUCAGUCUCCUUAUAAAGAAUGAACAAAUCAGAAACUGAAGUAAAAAAAAGAAAUUUCUUUAAGUGCUCAGCAAGUCAGCCUACAACUGUGAAGAAAAGAUAUAUUUGCCAUUUUGGGAGUGUGCUUUUUCCAAGAAGGAUAUAUAUAUGAAACAUAAAUCUGUUUGUCUUCACAGCUGCAUACUUAUAGUACUAUUUGCUGUAAUUCUAAACCCGAUGUUGUGCCAUUCACAAACUCGUAAGAAUCAGUUUCCUUUCCUUUGGUUGUUUUUACGCUGCUUUCUCUCCAAGAAUCAGUUUGUUCUGAAUUUGCUGCUUGAAUCUAGUACCAGUACCUGUUAUUGCAAAGUUACGUUAAAUUGCUUCAUAAAUGAAACCUGUUGCUUGCAAAUCCCAGAAUGAGUAAAUACCAAAGUCAUUUGGCCAAGUUGGAAGUUAGCACUGAUCAAAAAGAGAUAUCACUGUUAUUAAUGAGUGACCAAUGGUCGUACUGGCUAAAAGGGAAUUUAUUUUUGAUUUGCACAUUAUACAGUUUUGUUGCCCUUGUUUCUUCACAGCCUUUUUUACAUGCUUUGUUAACAUUGUCUAUGUAACUCUUUCUCUGUCAGACUUACUGUCUUUGUCUAUUUUUUCUCACAUUGAAUUGUAUCCAAUUUAAAUGUCCUAACAAUAUGUUCCAUUUCCAGUUUCAUUGCUUUAUUUUUAAUGCUGUCUCGUGAUCAUUGCAGCAUCUGUGCAGUUUCAAGAUGCACUCAGCAAAGCAUUACAAUUUUUUUGUGAAAUUCUGAAUGUUAUGAAUAGGAGAUGUACUUUUUAACAUUCAUAAUUAUAAUUAAAGCUAACCAGUAAGCACUUACCUUCAUGGAAGUUUCAUGAGUCAUAGAAUGAAUGAAGGUGGUGGCCUGAUUUGCAGUAAGUAAGGAAAUUCUGUUUAUUGCCUGACACCCUGCAAGUACUUAAUCUCUUUGAUAGAAGGAAAUGGGAAAACAGUGCUCCUCCUUUGUUCAGUCUUUUACUGAGCCUGAGGAGUCAGUGCUCCCGGCCACUUCAAGUGAAAACUAAUCUUUACAUGGUACCUGAUACCAUCACCAUGUUGAUCCUGUCCAUUGACUGCAUGUCUACUUCAAAAAUCUCUGUACAUUUUAAAGGUCAAGUGGGCUUUUGAGAUCUCAAGGGGCUGAUUUUAUUAUUUACUUCUGGUUAGUAAGGAUUCCUGUUCUUAAAAUCAGUCCAUGUCCCCCACACCUAUCAAACCAACUUUCUCAAGGUACAGUUGAAGUUUUUUCUUUGUCUCUGUCUUGCAAAACUGUGCAAUGGAUUUAGGCUGCAAGUUAUUCUUUACUACAGGAAUAGUCAUUAGCAUUUGUACUUAAUGGGACCUUACUGUACAUAAAUUGGUUGCUAUGUUUCUAAUAUUACAACAGUGGCUGCCUUUAAGUGCUUCAUUGUCUGUAAAGCACUUUGGGAUUUUGAGAUCAUGAAUAAGACUAUAUAAAUGCAAGUCUUUCAUUUUUUUAAAAAAAACAAAAUCCACACAUUAUAUAGAAUAACCUUUGGAUUUCUCUAGGAGCCAUCACAGUUGUUUUCAGUCAUGACUGUGCACUUAUUUUCCACUUAUGCGUGAUAAAUUUGUAAACCUGUUUUUAGAUCAUGAUGGUACAACCUGUAGUGAAUGCUGGAGAAGCGCUCAUUCAAUUUGGCAACUUUACAAUUACUUUCAGCUGUGGAACAACUGGAUUGCAUAAUCAUCCACACUGUUUGAGUCCUAACUGAGAAUUAACUCGAGCAAUCACUAUUCCCCAAAACACUGAACUGUUUGAUCCAGUUCAGGAAUAGCAUUUAUUUAACGUGCUUUGUGACAUUUUCUUGUAAAUACUAUUGAAAUUUGAAAUUAAGUCUACCUCUGAGUGUUUAUUUUCGAUUGUAUAGUGGCUGUAUGAAAAUACCAGUGAAUUAUAUUCCUUUGUUAUAGAUCACUGGGAUGAGUUUAAAAAUGAGUUCAAGUUUGUUCUGACUUGGAGAGAUUAUCUCAAUGAAUGGAGAUAUGUAAUAAAAUGGAUAAUUCUGUAGCUAAAAUUCUGUCACAAAUAUAGGAAAUCAGGGUUUGCUUCUCGAAUUGAAAUCGGUCAAUUGUGUGUUGUGCAGUCUUACAUAAUCAGUGGAGUGAAAUGUUCUAAGUGACCAAACACUGGCCAGAUGUUUUCAGAAAUUACAUACAGGGUGCUUGGGCUGCAAGGGUAGAAGUUGAGGAUUACAGGAACUUGGUACCCAGAGAGAAAAUGAGGUGCUAUUUCCUGACUUCCUCAUUAUUUCUAAAGCUUAAUUUUUUGAUCAGAUGUUAAUAGAAGAUGAAAUUCACUUUAUUAACAAGUCUUUGUUAAUUUUUAGAUUGAAACUGUCAUCUUUUUGAAGUUUUAAGGAGGAAAUAUUGCUGAGCAAUUCAUCACUUCAAAGUUUCACUCAUUUUCUCAUUGGUAUUAACUUCAUGAUUAGUGCAGCUGUAUCACUCUCUCAUGCAUUAUGGUGAAAAUUGUGCUUUGCAAUCUAAAAGUGAAUUAAGAAAAUAAAUUCGUUUUAGUCUCAAAGUAUAAGACAGAAUACAUGAUCUAAAAAAAUGUAGUGCUGAGUGGAGACAUUGGUGGUUUUGCAUUUGCCCCUUGCACCUUUUUCUGGCAUCAGUGUGCGUUUUAUAAAUAAAGUUUAAGAAAAAUGCAAAUGUUGGGAAUCUGAAAUUAGAACAGAGAAUGCUCUGAGUAUUCACAUAAAAGCAAAAUACUACAGAUGCUGGAAAUCGGAAACAAACACUGAGAAAUCGAGAGAAACUCAGCAGAUCUGGCAGCAUCUGUGGUGAGAGAAAUAAUAUUUCAAGUUUUAUUUUUUCAAAACUUUUAUCUUCUGCAGUUUUAAGGAAGAAGUCUGAAGGAGAGUUGUACCAGAUACAAAAUGUUAACUGUUUCUCUCUCUCUCUCCGUGGACGCUGCCAGACCUGCUGCUCUAGCUUUCUCUGAUGCUGUGAACAUUCAGCAGGUUUGGCAUCAACUGCAGAGAGCGAGGGAGAAGAAAAUAGUGUAAUAGAUGGGAAACAUUAAUUAUGUUCUUUUUCUCUCCUCAAAUGAAGCCAGAUGUACUGAGUGUUUCCAGCAUUUUCUGUUUUUAUUUCUGUUUGGACCACUCUGUUUUGUGCCACCUAACUAGCAGGUGAAAGGGAAACUUCCCUGGUAUUAAACAUGAUUCUUGUUCUGAUUCAGAUCUUUGCUUUCUUUUGUUACUUUUCGAGAAAGGUUCUCACCAUUGUAUACUCUAAAAUACAUAAGCAGUGGGACCUGUUUGAAAAACUGGAUAUCUUUAGGAUUUUUCCCCUUUUAAUUUGUGAUGUUUUAAAAUGUGUGAAGAUGUUUCCAGAUCCAUGUAUUAUUGCACGUUUCCCCCACGUGGCAGUAUUGUUUCUCGCGGUCAAUGGUUGGAAGUCAAUGGAGGUGAAUGUAUGUGUGCCAACCCUCACUAAUAUAUCAUGUCUAUCUGUGGAAUGUUUUUAAUGUUAAUGGAAAAAAAAAAGUGACUCUUAAAUUAAUAAAGUGAAAGGAGAAGCCA